AUGUCACCAAAUGCCCCCAUCAACGAGCCAAUAGCUAUCAUUGGUAGCGGCUGUCGAUUUGCAGGUGGAGCAAGCUCCCCUUCUAAGCUAUGGGAUCUCCUCCGCGACCCUAGAGACAUACGCAGCAACAUCACCGAUAAGAGGUUCAACGCCGAGGGCUUCUAUCACCCCGAUGGCACACACCAUGGACACAUGAACGUUAUGCAGUCAUAUCUCCUCGACGAAGAUACGCGCGUUUUUGACGCCGAAUUCUUCGGCAUCAAUCCCGUCGAGGCCAAAGCCAUGGAUCCACAGCAGAGACUGCUCCUUGAAGUUGUCUACGAGUCGAUUGAAUCAGCUGGUCUGAGUCUCGACCGAAUGCGAGGAAGUGACACUGCUGUCUUCGCCGGUCUCAUGUGCGGCGACUAUGAGGCCAUGAUGCUUCGAGAUCUGGACCAGGCGCCUACGCAUUUCGCCACAGGAACCUCGCGUGCAGUCAUGUCAAAUCGCGUGUCCUACUUCUUUGAUUGGCGCGGCCCGUCGGUGACGAUUGACACAGCGUGCUCGUCAAGUCUGGUCGCUGUUCAUCAAGCUAUCCAGACACUUCGGUCAGGGGACAGUCACACAGCGGUUGCAUGUGGUUCCAAUCUUAUCUUUGGUCCGGAGAUGUAUGUCACUGAAAGCAAGCUGAAGAUGCUUUCACCCGAUAGUCUCAGUCGGAUGUGGGACAAGGACGCUAAUGGUUAUGCCCGAGGUGAAGGCGUAACUGCCGUGGUUCUCAAAACGCUCAGCCAAGCCCUUGCAGACAACGAUAGAAUCGAAGCUGUCGUCAGAGAGACGGGUGUAAACUCGGAUGGAGCAACACCUGGAAUCACAAUGCCAAGUGCCAGCGCGCAGCGGGACUUAAUCCAUAGCGUUUACAAGAAGGCUGGUCUCGACCCUCAGUGUGCGGAAGAUCGACCUCAGUUCAUUGAAGCGCACGGCACCGGAACACCGGCUGGAGACCCCAUCGAAGCUGAAGCGCUCAGCACCGCAUUCUUCAGCAACACGGAGAAGUUGAGCAGUCCGAUCUACACUGGCUCUAUAAAGACUGUACUUGGUCAUACAGAAGGUUCAGCUGGUAUCGCAGCACUGUUGAAGGUCACACAAGCCAUGCAGAACUCAACUAUACCGCCCAACCUGUGGUUCCAACAACUCAACCCCAAAUUGGAGCCAUUCUACGGCAACCUCCAGAUCCCUACUAAAGGUAUUGCGUGGCCGGAUCAUCCUGGGCGACACCCUAAGCGUGCUAGUAUCAACAACUUCGGUUUUGGAGGUACUAACGCACAUGCCAUCGUGGAGAGCUAUGAGCUAGAGCAACAAAAGACGGUCGAUGAGACAAGUGCUGCCACAGUAUCAACGCCAUUUGUCUUUUCAGCUGCCUCGGCGGAGUCUCUCCACUCUAAUCUUGCCGCGUACGCGAGCUAUUUGAACGCCAACCCCAAGACUAGCGCACGCGAUCUUGCGUAUACAUUACGCGAGCGCAGAUCUGUGCUUCCUUUCCGCAUCGCCUUCCCAGACACGACUGUAGAGGGUCUGAAGUUCAGCAUCACAACCCGGCUAGCCGAGUCUGGCAAUGAGAGUCUGGGUGUACGCACAUGGGCGGCGGGUAAUGGUGGACACUCAAGGCUCCUGGGAAUCUUCACCGGACAAGGAGCGCAAUAUGCUAGAAUGGGUGUAGAGCUAGUCGCUCAGACAGUUCUUGCGCGACGGACCCUCGAGAAGCUGGAAGGCUAUCUUUCUGAACUUCCAGAUGGUGACCGGCCGAGUUGGUCUCUCAAGGCUGAGCUGCUUGCAGAGGCUUCCGUGUCUCGCGUUGGAGAAGCAGCCAUCUCACAGCCUCUUUGCACAGCAGUUCAGAUCAUCUUGGUCGACAUCCUGCGCUCGGCUAAUGUGCAGUUUGACACCGUUGUCGGCCACUCCAGUGGCGAGAUAGCAGCAGCAUAUGCAGCCGGAUAUCUCAGCGCGCGUGACGCCCUUCUCGUCGCCUACUUCAGAGGUCUACAUUGCAAGCUCGCCACCAGUCCUAACGGGAACAUCAAGGGGGCUAUGCUUGCCGCUGGCACUUCGUUGGAGGAUGCGAUGGAGUUGUGUCAGGAUGAAGAGUUCUUGGGCCGCAUUGGCGUGGCGGCCAGCAAUUCAUCGUCGAGCGUGACCUUCUCCGGCGACGAGGACGCCAUUGACGAGAUUGCGGCAGUCCUGGCAGACGAGAAGAAGUUCAACAGACGUCUUAAAGUGGAUACAGCGUAUCACUCAAGUCACAUGUUGCCUUGCUUUGACCCCUAUGUCGCUUCGCUGCGACGUGCGGGUGUGAAAGCACUACCAGGUAAUGGGGCUUGUACCUGGUUCUCUAGCGUGUACGAGGGCCGACCCAUCAACCUACUCACGGACGAGGUCAGCGACAUCUACUGGGCGCAGAAUAUGACAAAGCCUGUAUUGUUCUCACAGGCUGUCCAGGCUGCUGUUGAAGUGGCGCGAGGCGCUGAGCCUCACACGGCAGUGGUUGAGGUCGGUCCACACGCUGCUCUUGCCGGACCAACCAAGCAAAACGUCAACGAGGUACUGCAGAGGGACAUUCCCCACCAUGAAACCCUUGUUCGUGAGGGCAAUGCCAUGACUGCUUUUUCUACCUGCCUUGGAUUCCUCUGGACUCAUCUCGACACAAGCUCAAUCGACCUCGGCAGUUGCGAGGCCGCGCUCUGUGACGGCAAGCAGCAGUACUCCGUUCUGGGCAAUCUGCCCAGCUAUCAAUGGAAGCACGAGUCUUCCUAUUGGGCCGAGUCCAGAAAGUCGCGUCACAUGCGCCUGCGUGCUCAGCCGUUCCACCAGCUUCUUGGUGAUGUGUCUCCAGACAGCGCACCGCAUAUCCUGCGUUGGAAGAACGUGCUGAAGCCAAAAGAGAUGGCCUGGCUCGAGGGACAUCAAGUGCAAAACCAAGUUGUGUUGCCGGCUGCCUCCUAUGUGUCUACAGCCAUUGAAGCUGCGCGAUCUCUCGCCCGAGGAAGGAACAUCCAGCUCAUCGAACUGAGCAACUUCCACAUUCACAACGCCAUCACGUUCGAUCAGAAUGACGUCGGCAUCGAAGUCCACGUGGAGAUUUCCAACAUUUCCGUCCAGGGAAACCAUAUCCACGCCAAAUUCACCUAUUCUGCCGCGCUAGGAGACGAGACGAGUGAUCUCGCCCUUGCAGCGAACGGUGAGCUCAAAUUGUUGCUCGUCGAUGAGCCACCCAAUCUAUCACUCUUCCCGCCACGCCGGACACCCCCGCCACACAUGAUUUCUGUGCAGCCGAGUCGUCUGUACAAUUUUAUGAAGGGGCUAGAGUACGACUUUUCAGGCGCGUUCCAAUCGCUGAUCAAGCUCGAGCGAAACCUAGGCAAUGCUACGUGUCUGGCUCAAAAGGCGAAGGCGCUGGUUUCGAACGCAGAUGAGCUGCUCGUACAUCCUAUCGACUUGGAUGCUGCGUUCCAGUCCGUUAUGCUUGCCUACAGCUAUCCCGGCGAUGACCAGCUUCGUCUGUUGCACCUGCCAACCAGCAUAGCGAAGCUUCGCGUCAACCCCAGCGUUCUCGCGUCAAAACAGUACACCGAGAACAACAUGACGGUCAUUGAUUCAACAUGCACGACCGCGGAUCGCGCAGAGCCUGGCGACGGUUUCUCAGGCAGCGUCAACAUGUACGCCCCAGGUUUAGAUCACGCCGCUAUCCAGGUCGACCAGGUCAAGUUCAAGCCCGUUGGCUCCGAUGCUAGAGUCGACCGCGAUGUCUUUUACAAGAUGCACUGGGUUCCUAGUGCUCCCGAUGGAACGCUUGCUGCGGCUGGUGUGCCCGUGGGCAAACCAGAUCACGAUCUCAUGUUCGUUCUGAGCCGCAUUGCCGCCUACUAUCUGCGCGUCUUCGACGAGCAGCUUCCCGAAGACGAUCCUGCGAGGUCUACUAGCCCGCUAUGUCACUACAUGAACUACGCGCGACACAUGACAAACCUGCUCAAGACAGGGCAGCACAAAUGGGCGCAUGUCGAGUGGCUGAACGACACAGAGCAGGACGUUUUUGACGAUAUCAAAGCCAAGGGCUUCCAGGAUAACUCCGAUGUCAAGAUCAUGUUGCUCGUCGGCACCAUCAUGCCCCGCGUUUUCAAGGGCGAGACGACGAUGCUAGAGCACUUCCGCACCUCGGGCCUGCUUGACGAGUACUACUCUAACGGUUUCGGCACUAAGCAGUCCACCCUCUGGGUCGCGAGUGUCCUCAAGCAACUCACCGACCGCAACCCGCAUCUUAACAUGCUCGAGAUUGGCGCUGGUACCGGCGGUGCGACUAAGACAAUUCUCCAGUCUAUCGGUCAUGAUUUUUGCAGCUACACUUUCACCGAUAUCUCGUCUAGUUUCUUCGAAAAUGCGUCCGAGACGUUCGCGGACUGGCAGGGUAGCAUGGUCUUCAAGGUGUGCAAUGCUGAAAUCGAUCCCGUUCAGCAGGGCUUCGAGGCUGGCACUUAUGACGUCGUCAUUGCCUUCAUGGUUGUCCACGCCUGUGCGAAACUAGACGAGGCUGUAGCGAACCUUCGCAAGCUUCUCAAACCUGGCGGUCUGCUAGUCUUGGGAGAGGGAGCCAGCGAUGGCGCAAUGCAAGCCGGGGCGGGUUUCAUUUUCGGGACUCUGCCGGGCUGGUGGCGCGGUGUUGACGAAGGGCGUACACUCUCGCCAUUGGUGAAUGCCAACGACUGGAAUAACAUCCUGAAGGGCGCCGGAUUCUCGGGCAUUGACACCAUGUCGCCACCAAAACUCUUCGAUGCCUUUGGCAUCACCCUCUUUGUGUCUACCGCUAUUGAUGAUCGGAUCGAAUUCGUGCGCGAUCCUCUGGCGCAUAACAACAAUGCUGUGUAUGACACGGUCGUUGUAGUUGGAGGGUGUACAGCACCUAUCGCCAAGCUCUCACAGGGCAUCCAGAUGGUAUUGGCCCCGUUGGCCAAGCAGGUCCUCCCAUACGCCUCGCUGGAAGAUCUGGACAACAAAGUCCUUGAAGGCGAGUCAGUCAUUGUCAGUCUCGUUGAUCUGGAAGCUCCAGUUUUCAAAGACCUUACAUCCGAGAGAUGGUACAAGUUCAAAAAGCUCUUUGAAACAAAGCGAGAGAUACUGUGGCUCACCAGCGGCCGUGUGGAGGAUGAGCCAUACUGCAACAUGACAGUUGGUUUUGGUCGAUCUGCGAUGCACGAGGAAGAGACUCUUCGCGUCCAAUACGUGGAUGUGGCAAAUGUCGAUGGGCUCGAUGCUCAGAAGAUUGCAAAAUACCUUGUUCGCUUCACUUCGACCGUUUUGGAUGACAAAGACAUUCUGUACACCAAAGAACCCGAGAUCAUCAUUGACGCGCAGGGGCAAGAGCUAGUGCCAAGGCUGUUCACCAUUACGGACGCCAACAACCGUCUCAACUCCACCACGCGGCCGAUCUUCGACCAGGUUGACAUCAGCAAGGACGUCGUCAGUCUAGAAUACGGCAAAGACGGGCCAAACUUCCGACGGUUGUCGCGAUACGAAUUGGUAGAGACAGCGACCACAAGGGACGAGCUUAUGGAGUUGCGUCUUACGUACUCCACUGCAUCUGCGAUUAGGUGUCCGACUGGUUAUCAUUAUCUUGCUCUUGGGUACGACACCUCCGGGGCUCAACGGCUUGCUUUAACUAGCUCCCUGGCCUCUGUACUGCGCAUCCCACGCGAAUCGACCAUUCUAUGCGAACCAUCUGGUAUCCAGGAAGCUGAUUACCUUGACCUGGUCGGAGCCGAGCUUAUCGCCGUGGCCAUUGUGGACUCCCUGUUCACAGGUCAAAAACUAGCCGUACAUAAUGCCCCUGAAUCUAUCGCUCGGGCUAUUCUCGCCCAUGUUGUAACCAAGGGCGUGAAGGUCACCCUCACAGUGGACUCACAGGGCACACCUGUGUCGCCAGCCGUCGCUUCGCAGAUUCGGAUACCAAUGUUCCCCGCACGCGCGGACAUCGAGGGCGUUCUACCUUCUGACCUCGUGUGCUUUGUCGACUUCUCGGCUUCGAACCAAGCUGAGAACGUGGCGAUGAUGACUUCGUAUCUUCCUUCUUAUUGCCGGAAAGAGAGCCUGAGCACCAUUUUCUCAACACAUGGAGUAGACACUGGUGCUCCCAAGGAUGUGGUGGGACAGCUUCUGGCUAGGACUGUCAGCAUGGCUAAGGGACGCGGCGUUUCUACAUCAUCUACACCACUGAGUCUUGAGGCCCUUGCUCAGGGAGGACGAUAUGCAGACGCAUCAACGAUCAUUGAAUGGGCGGGAUCAUGCACUGCGGUCCCUGCAUGUGUCACUCGGUUUGAGUCAAACCAGCUCUUCAAGUCUGACAAGACGUACUGGCUAGUCGGUUUAUCUGGCGCGCUAGGCAUCUCCCUGUGCAACUGGAUGAUUGAGAGAGGCGUGCGCUAUCUUGUGCUAACCAGCCGGAAUCCCAAGAUUGACCCGCGCUGGAUCGAAAACCAUGAACGAAAUGGUGUUGUCAUCAAGAUACUGCUAUGUGACGUGACUGACGAAAAGGCCAUCAACGACGUUCAUGCCGAGAUUGUGACGACACUUCCUCCCAUCGUCGGACUUUUGAACGGCGCUAUGGUUCUGCGAGACGUGUCGGUGCGCAACAUGGAAUUUGACCAAGUCACCGAUGUCAUCAGACCAAAGGUGCUUGGCAGCAUUCAUAUCGAUCGCAUCUUUCACGACAUUGACCUCGACUUCUUCGUGCUUCUAUCUUCGAUCAACUGCGUGAUCGGAAACGUCGGUCAAGCCAACUACGCCGCGGCCAACAUGGGAAUGAUUGGAGUUGCAGGCAACCGGCGCAAGCGUGGUCUUCGCUCGUCUGUCGUCAAUGUCGGCGCCAUUAUCGGUGUUGGUUACAUCACACAGUCCGAUCGCCAACUUGAUGUGACAGUGGCGAAGACAGCCAUGAUGCAUUUGUCAGAGCAAGAUUUCCACCAGAUCUUUGCCGAGUGCAUGGAGGCAGGUCACCUGGACAACCCCAGUGGCCCGGAGAUCUCGACCGGUCUACUCCAAAUCACUCCGAAUACCAUUGACAUUCCGCCAUGGUACUCCGACCCCAAGUUUGCCCGUUUCCGCAUCAACAAGUCUGGUGAUAGUGGCGAAAAACCGGGGUCGACAAACUCGGCAUCCACCCAGGAGCUGCUGCAGGCGUGUCGCUCCCCGUCCGAUGUUGCAAAUGUGAUCAAGCAGACCUAUUGCGCCCAGCUACGCAAGAUGCUGCAGGUCUCCACCGUUGACGACGACCUGAUGAUGAUGCGAGGUGUGGAUCUUGGUUUCGACUCGCUGCUUUCAGUCGACGUACGCUCGUGGUUCCUCAAGAACUUCCGCGUCAGUAUUCCGGUCCUCAAGAUCAUGGCCAACGAUGUGCGCAUGUGUAGCUUGGUCGAGCUAGCCGCUGGAAGCAUCCCCGCGGAACUCGUGCCACAGGCUCAGCAAUUGAACGUCGUAUCGACUGGCGCUUCGACACCGAAUACUGAGAACAGUGAGCCGUCGGCUCGAACCAGUGACGCUGAUACGACGAGCACCCGCACUACUCUACCUAACACUUCGGGCACAGUGACUCCUGACAAAGAGGUCAAGGCCAAGUCUGCCAGCCCUCCGACGGUAGACUGGUACUUUGAGACCACCCCGCCUGAGCCCUUUACUAUCGACAGGCUCAUGGAUGCGCCCAAACCAAAGGGGAAUCCAGAAGUUGUCGUCCUCACUGGCUGCAGCGGCCUGCUUGGCCACCACCUUCUCAACGCGCUCGUGGCGCAACCGUCGAUCCGGAAGAUCAUCUGCCUUGCAGUCCGACGCCUGAACGAGCGCAUCGGAAGUGGAGAGAUUCCCGCACCAAGCGAGCGCAUUGUGUACUACGAAGGUGACCUCACAUCUACCUAUUUCGGCCUAGACAUUGCGACCUGGGCGUCUGUCUUCCGUGAGACUGACGCAGUCAUCCACAACGGCUCCGACACGUCCCAUCUGAAGUACUACUCUGCACUGAAGCGCGCAAAUGUCGACUCGACAAAACAGCUCAUCGCCACCUGUCUACAGCGCAUGAUUCCCCUUCACUACGUUUCAUCGGCUGGUGUAGCACUUUUCGCCGAGCUGGAAGCCUUCCCACCGAUUUCAUGCACCAAGACGGGUAAGACACCACCAGCCGACGGCACGCACGGCUACAUGUGUGGAAAAUGGACGUGCGAGAAAAUGCUCGAGCGAGUCUACGAAAAAUACGGUUUGCGCAUUGUCAUUCAACGUCCGUCGACCAUUAUCCGCGACGGCGAAGACGCAACUGUUGAGCGUGCGGGCUUCGAUUGGGUCAACUCGCUCCUGCACUUUGCACACAAGACGCAGACGGUGCCGAGAGUUGAUUACAACGCCGGCGCUUUCGAUCUCGUGUCUGUCGAAACGUGCUGCGAGGAUGUUGUUCGAGAGUUACCAGACCAAGGGCGCCAUGGCAUUACGUACGUGAACAACGUGGGUGAUGUAGUGAUUCCCAUGGCGCAGAUGGCGGAUGUGGGGUUGAGCAAGGUUGGGAAAAGGUAUGAAGUUUUGCCUAUGGAACAGUGGACGGCGAUGGCGGUGGAGGCGGGUAUGCAUCCUGCUGUUGCGGCAUUGAUUGAGACUUUUGAUGAGCCCGGGGUAGAGAGAUACCCGGCGCUGUUGAAGUCGGUUGCGAACUACAAUGAGGGGGUCGUCUUAUUUACACCUGCCUUCUUGCACUACUGGAGACCACGGACCUUGAAUCUCUUCUCAGGCUUCGGUUUCCGUCUCAGUGGGGUUGACCAAGUCAUCCAAAUACCGGGGCUUGAAGACGUGAUCCGGAUCGUCGAGCAUGCCUUUCAAGAGCAGAUUGAUGAAGCGCGUGACACCAUCCAACGCGGUUUCAUCACCUUCGAGGCACUGGGCGAAUUGUAUCGCCCUGGAGUUCCAGUCCAGGCAGUGAUGGGCUCUGGAGAUACGGCCGCAGUCUUUCUUGUCAACGAGUGUUUCUAUCAAGAGAAUCGGGGCUUAACAGGAGUGCAGAGGACAUUCAACUGGACAAUAGAGUUCGUGGCGACAAUGGGUACGCACUUCACCGUAGUGAAUGUGACCGAGCAAUUGAAUGGCUGGACAGGCGUUCGCGCAAGAUCGCUAUCGGAACUCACGUAUACGCCGGUAUCACCUGUCGAGUUGAGCGAACUGAGACAGAGAGGAGAGCGAUAUGUUGAGUUUGCCACUAGCGGUGCCAAAUUUCUGGCAUAUUCUCGCGGAUCAUUCUACCGCCAUGUGCGACCCUCACGUCCAAGCUAUUCUUCUCUUGCCAGUACGUCGAGCAACCAGCUUCCUUCAGAAGGCCGUGUCAUGAUCGAUGUAGAUCGCGGCGCUCUGCUGAACCACCAUCCUUGCCAGGGUAUGGAUGAAUCAACCCUGGCCAUGACGAAGACCGCCGAACGUUAUCGACAGUGGCGCAACACAUCAUCUAGAAAGAGUUCUGCAACGGAUGUACUCAAUCUGUGGGAAACGGUCCCUGACGAGUUCAUCCCCUACUGCUGGCCUGCUCUUGUCGGCUUUAGCUUUACUGCAAAAUGCUGGGGCCACGUGUUGGUCUCAGGUCUUUCGCCGAUCCAGUUCCAGGACACCGCAUUCCAACAUCUUGUUCUAGCCGAGGAGUACAAACACCUCAUCCGUGCUCUCGUAAGAUUCGGAAACGACGCCAGUGUCGAAGACAUCGUUGAGAACAAACGCAGCGGCAGUAUCUUCCUGCUCCACGGCCCUCCCGGCGUCGGGAAGACACUAACAGCCGAAGCUGUUGCUGAAGUCCUGCAUCGCCCGUUAUACUACGUUACAAUGGGAGAAUUAGGCACUACGGCAGAAGAUAUGGAACGCCGUCUUUCAGAUGUGCUUGAAUUAUGUUCCGAGUGGAAUGCUAUCAUAGUUCUAGACGAAGCCGAUGUGUUCCUCGAACAACGCCGCACUUCCGACCUGGUCCGAAACUCGAUGGUCUGCGUUAUGCUGCGUCUCUUGGAGUACCAUUCAGGCAUUCUCUUCCUCACUACCAACCGCGUGCGUAAUCUGGAUCCAGCGUUUGAAAGCAGAAUUACACUUGCCCUACGAUAUAACCAUCUGACGCCCGAGGCUAGAGCCCAAAUCUGGAGCAAUUUGCUCAAACGGAUCUCGUUACAGGUGGCAAAGGAUAUCGAUCCUAUGGUCCUUGGACAGCAUGAAUUCAACGGUAGACAGAUCAAGAGCGCAAUCAGGCUGGCGUGUGCAAUCACGAAGGAACGGGACCAAUCUAAGCUGACAAUGGAAAUUGUGAAGGAAGUAGUGAGAAUCAUGGAAGUUGGGAGGGCGAAUAUAGCGGAUGACGAUUCUUGGAAAAUGCGCGAG